CAUAUUGGCGCAUGCGCACAGCCGUGAUCGGUGGGAGUAGUGUGUCCCUCUGCGGCCGCCGUAGCGGCGCGUGGUAGGCCCUGAGCCUGGCGGAGCGGCGUGUGUCAGCCUUCAGUGAGGUCAAAAAUGGCAUCCCAGAAGGAAAUACUGAGCGAUGGGCGGUUCAGCCGUGUCGCCCGAGAUCCCAGGUUUUGGGAGAUGCCGGAAAAAGAUCGUAAAGUCAAGAUUGAUAAACGCUUCCGAGCGAUGUUUCAUGAUAAGAGGUUCAAGCUGAAGUGCACGGUGGAUAAAAGGGGUCGGCCUGUUAACUAUACCUCUGUGGAGAACCUCAGGAAGUUCUAUGCCUUGUCGGAGUCUGACUCUGAGCUUUCAGAAGAUGAUAGUGCAGAAAAGAAGAAAAAGAAGAAAAAAGCGAAGCCGAAGGGAGAAGGAGAGUCUGUAAAAGUGAUUAAUCGGGGGGGAAGUAAAGUGGAUAAACAAGGGGUGGACCAAGCGUGUGAAGUGGGGACCAAACUAGAUGGACUUAGGAAUGGAGGGCAGAAAGAUACAUCUAGAUUCAAGUUGAAAGAGGACUCCAGAAAAAGCAGGACAGAAAUGGAUGAGUCCCAGGAAGACAAGGACCUUGUAUGUGAUGGGGAAAAUGAGGAAGGUGGAGAAUCAAAAAGGUCGGUUUCAGUUCAAAACAAGCAGAAGACUUCAAAGCCAAGUGGUGCUAAUACAGUUAAAACUCCAAAGAGGGACCAUUCACAAGAAUCAGUGACUGCUUGCAGAGACAGCGGUGCUGAAAGUGACAUCAGCGAAAGCCAAUUAGAGGAAGAAAUUUCUGCAAGGGAAAGUUCUGAGCGUAUGCAAUCAGAAGAAGAUGAGCUGGAAGACAAUGGGGAAACAGGCAAGGAUGAGGAGUCAGAAUACAAUGAGGAAACAGAUGAAGAAGGUGGUGAUUCAGAAGAGGAUGGAGAAAGUGAUAUAGAGCCCGAUCUGGCUAGAGGAAUAGGGAACAUUGAAACAAGCUCAGAGGAUGAUGAUGACUUGGAUGAUUUGUUUCCAAAGGAGCCACAGAUUGAGCAUUCAUGGGGUGAACUAGAUAGAGAUGCCCCUCGUGGAGAUGAGAUUACAAGCAGAUUGGCAGUUUGUAAUAUGGACUGGGAUAGAAUUAAAGCUAAGGACUUGCUGGCUUUAUUUAAUUCUUUCAUACCCAAAGGAGGAACUAUAUUUUCUGUUAAGAUUUAUCCUUCAGAGUUUGGAAAAGAAAGAUUGAAAGAGGAAGAACAACAAGGGCCUAAAGAACUGUUUGAUCUUCCGGAGAAUACAACAGAGAAAGACGAGCUUUAUAAGGAAAAACUGAGAGAGUAUCAGUUUAAGCGACUGAAGUACUUCUAUGCAGUUGUAGAAUGUGACUCUCCUGAAACAGCCAAUAAAAUAUAUGAGGAAUGUGAUGGCCUGGAAUUUGAAAGUAGUUGCUCUUUUAUUGACCUGAGAUUUAUUCCAGAUAAUGUUACAUUUGAGGAUAAGCCAAAAGACACAGCCUCAGAAGUAAAUGUAUCUGUAUAUAAGCCAGAGUACUUGACAUCUGCUGCAAUGGGAACAUCAAAGGUAGAUAUCACAUGGGAUGAAACGGAUCAUGAACGAGUAACAUCACUUAGCAGAACUUUUAAUAAAGAAGAACUUCUUGACAUGGAUGUUCAAGCUUAUUUGGUUUCACCCAGUGAAGAAGAGGAAGAACAGCAGCAAGGGGAAGGUGUAGCUUCUGAAGUGGAAGAUGAUAAACCAAGGAAGAGCCAAAAAGAUGAUGAAGAGCAAAUUGCCAAGUACAGAGAACUUUUGCAAAGUAUCCAAGAAAAAGAGAAAAAGCAGGAAGAAAAGGAUAUAGAAAUGGAGAUUAAAUGGGUUCCAGGCCUGAAAGAAUCUGCUGAAGAAAUGGUGAAGAACAGGUUGGAAGGAAAGGAUAACUUAACUCCAUGGCAAAAAUACCUGGAGAAGAAGAAAGAAAAAAGAAAUCUUAAAAAAAAGAGAAAGGCUGCUGCUGAGAGAGAAAUGAGUGAAGAUGAAAUUCCCUCUGAUGUCGAUCUCAAUGAUCCAUAUUUUGCCGAGGAACUUGGAAAAACAGGUUUAAAGAAGAAGGCAGAGGUGGUUGAAAGUAACUCAGAAGAUGAAGAUGAAGUUGAAAAACGGAAGGCUGAAAUGGCUCUACUUAUGAUGGAUGAUGAGGAUGAUGGCAGAAAGCAUUUUAAUUAUAAGCAAAUUGUAGAACAGCAGAACUUAAGCAAGAAGAAGAAGAAACUCUUAAUGAAAAAGAAGGAAUUAUUAGAAGAUGACUUCCAGGUAAAUGUUUCUGAUACGAGGUUCCAAGCCAUGUUUACAUCCCCCUUAUUUAAUGUGGAUCCUUCCGAUCCAAACUUCAAGAAGACAAAAGCAGUAGAAAGGAUCUUGGAAGAGAAAGCUCGCCGAAGAGAGCAAAAGCAGCAAGAUCUUCAUGAGGCCAGCAAGGAGCAGGAGAAAAAGAUGGCAAAGAAAGAGACUAAGAAAUCCAUAGAUCCUGCCUUGUCAAUGCUAGUAAAAUCUGUCAAAAACAAAACUGAACAGUUUCAGGCAAGGAAAAAACAGAAAUUCAAAUAACUGAUCUUUGUUUCUUACUCGGACUUUUCUUUGGUUCUUGUUCUUCUAACUGACAACAUCGUCUGUUGAAGUUGCUACGGUCUGCUCUAAUUCCUAUCCCCCUAAAAUAGUCAGAAAGGUCAUUUAAUUCUAGUGGCAAGUUUUAAGGUAACAAGAGUAACAAAAGCCCUUUCCUUCUGCUCCCCAAAUUGUUUUCUACUGUUGGAAAAAACGCUUCACCAAACCACGUUUCCGGAUCAUGCAGUCUUUUAAAGGUAACAGGAGUAGUGAGGAUGUAUACAGCAAUUAGCCAUAAUUACAGUUGUAUUUAAAAAUAAGAAAAAGUCUUCUGAAGAGGGUUGAGUGAUGAGACUAAUUGGGCUUAAUGUCAUUAAUUCUGAAGAGGUCUGUAGACACCAAUCAUUGAUUUAUAAUGGUUUUAAUAUAGCUGCAAAUUGAUGAAGUUUGUAUAUGUCUCUUUUGUGUAUUCUGAAGAUCUCUUUUGUAUAUUUUAUAUGGUUACAUAUGUGCUACAUCAUUAAUUUUUCUUCUGAAUUUCCUGGAUCUUGCUAGAAUUACUCACUGGGGAAAAAAACACCAUUUGGAAGAACAUCAUUUAUAUAUAUCAGAAAUAAAGGACUGAAAAUUUGGCCUACAUAA